CGUAAUAAUAUCGAUCCAAAGGGGGCUAAAUUGUAGGGAGCUGUGGUGUCGGCGGAAAGGGCAGAUGCAUCUUCUGCAAGUGACGAUGAAAAGAAGCAAUUGAAGAAAAUAUGGAAGGUAGGUGGUAGGGUUUCUUCUUCAACUUCUACGUCUUUGAAAGAGAGUAAAUGGUAGGGGGGUGUGAAAGCCACGCGUUCAUAACGUUCGCUGCCUUGCUUUUGAAAUGUAUUAGAAGCUUCUCCCACCAGAGAGAAAAGGCCAAAUGAUAAAUUCCACCAAUCCCAUUACAAAAACCUCCAUUUCUUUCUCAUUCUCCCAUCAUCAUUUUCGUCUGAGAAAAAGGAAAAAAGUUAUUGUAUUUAUUUAUAUAAUAAUAGCGUGUUGAUUUACUCGUUCCUUUCUUUCUUUAGCUUUGAAAGGCGACUAAACCACAGCGGUUUUUAUUUUUUUAUUUUUGACGUUUCUCAAGAUUUCUAGAACCCACGUACGUUUUCCUUCUCAGUAACGUCGUCCUCUCUUUCCCUUCUUUUUUAUUUAUAUAAAAGUGUAGCUUCCCAGAACUUUGAAGAGGAAUACUAUCCCAGUAUCCCUAGUCUUUCACAGGAAGUUAUGGUAUUUUUCUCUACUCAUCAACCACGACAACCGGUUUCCGUGUUGACUAAUGGAAUCUGAUCGGAGCAAUAAUCCGGUUCACUCUCGAUUCUUUCUCUCCGGUUUCUACUGCUGGGGCUGGGAAUUCUUGACCGCUCUCUUGCUCUUCAGUUGCUGAAAAGAAUUGACCGAUCGAUCGUUUUUAUUUUCGUUUGAUUCUGAUCUUUUUAUUUUCAGAUUUGCUUGCUUUCUUUCUUUCUGUUAGAUUAAAAAAAGGAACAUCAAUUAGUUUGGGUGGUUGUUGACGCUCGUUGAGUAGGGACAAAUCCGAGAGAAAUGGCGCAAAGGUGUGUACCGGCGCCGUUCCUGACGAAGACGUAUCAGUUGGUGGAUGAUCCGGAGACGGAGGAUGUGGUAUCGUGGGGAGAAAGCGGCACCACUUUUGUGGUGUGGAAUACUGCAGAUUUCGCCAAGGAUUUGCUGCCUAACUAUUUCAAGCACAACAAUUUCUCCAGCUUCGUCCGCCAGCUUAACACAUACGGCUUCCGUAAGAUCGUGCCGGAUAAGUGGGAGUUCGCAAACGAGAAUUUCAAGCGAGGGCAGAAGGAGCUCCUCUCUCAGAUCCGACGUCGGAAGACCGUAAAUUCAGCUCCGGCACUUGAUCCUGCUGGGGUUAAAUCUACCGGCGACGGUCCCUCUUCGGCGUCAAACUCUGGCGAGGACUUGGGGUCCACCUCCACUUCUUCCCCGGAUUCGAAGAACCCGGGGUCGUUGGAGACGACAACAACAGUGCUGGUAACCGAUUUGUCCGGCGAGAACGAGAAAUUGAAGAAGGACAACGAAAUUCUGAGCUCGGAGCUGGCACAGAUGAAGCAGCAGUGCGAGGAGCUGGUAGCGUUUCUGACCGGGUAUUUGAAGGUGGGGCCCGAUCAAAUCAAUCGCAUAAUGCGGCAAGGAAUAAGUGGGUCCAGCCGCGAUGGAUUGGUUGGUGGUGAUGAUGAUGACGAAAAUAAUAGGAUUGGACAAAACGAGGAGAGUUUGAAACUGUUCGGUGUUUGGUUGAAAGGAAAUGGGAAGAAAAGGGGGCGCGAUGAGAAAAUGUGUUUCGAUAGAUCCGAAGCGAAGGAAAUGAAGGUGUGUAAUUAACGAAGCAACGUGUGCCACGUAGGGAGGGGGCGGGGUGCGUAGGAUGAGGUCUGGUGCACCGCUUUCAGGCUAGCGUUGCUGGUUUUAAGCUAGAUGACUCUCGACGGCACUAUGGCGAAGGUCUAUUCUAUAUAUCUAUUUUUUCUUCAUUUUAUGUAAUUAAGAUAAUUAAAAUAAUAGUUGUCGUGGAAUGUGGGAGGUCAAAGGGCAAAAUGGGGUCUCCACAUCUUCUUUAUCAUCCACUUGAAGGUUACGUACAAUACAUGAUUCGCUUCCUACAAAAUUUGCAGCGUCAUGGUUGAUCAGCAUAAUUAUGUAACUGCAAAAAUGCAGAUUUCUUGUAGAAAAGUUUGGAGUUUCUAUGUAUAAUAAAUAAUUAAUUGUAAUCUCUGUAGUUUCUGAUUUACCGAACCA